CAGCUGCCCGGCUCCCAGACAGGCACCGCGUCCCUCUCUUGGCUGGCUAAUGAAGCCCAACAGGUCCCUCUCCUUGGGCAUACUUCUGCUUCUUCCUCUGGCUUUUGAAUUGAGCUACGGAACAGGUGGAGGUCUGAUAAACUGCCCAGUGAUUAUCCAGCAGUUGGGAAAUGAUACCACGUGGCUGCCCCUGAUGAAAGAGAGAGUUAACAAAAGCAUCCGCAUCCUUGUCACGAAGGCAACGACAAUGUCUCUAGAAAGCAAAAUCACUAAGAAAAUAGUGUCUUUUAAUGUCGAUAAAAAGGGCUACUAUCUAGAGCACCUGGAGAACGGCUACCAGUUUCAAUGGGAAAACCUGAGCCUGGGCAUCCUGGGAAACAGGAGGGAGAGUGAAGGGUGGUACAUCGUGAGUUUGGAGGAAAACGUGCAAGUUCAGCAAUUCUGCAUUCAGCUGAAGCUCUAUGAGCAGGUCUCCACUCCAGAGAUUAAAGUGUUAAACAAAACCCAGGAGAACGGGAAUGGGACCUGCAGUUUGACGGUAGUCUGCACAGUGAAGAAAGGCGAUCAUGUGACUUACAGCUGGAGUGGUGAGGCGGGCAAACAUCUGCUGAGCCUGGCCAACCACUCCCACCUCCUGAACAUCAGUCUUAGCAGCCAGGAUCAUGACAACAUCUACAACUGCACGGCAAGCAACCCUGUCAGCAGUCGCUCUCAGAGCUUCGACCUAUCACAGGAGUGCAGGCGAGAAUCCUCAGGAGAAAGCAGCUCAUGGAUAACACACACUGCUGGAUCGUUAGGGUUCGUUCUACUACUCCUCAUCGUUCUGGUCCCCAUAGCAGUCAUACUGCUGAAAAGACAAGGUGAAAGAAGCCACUGCCAGGCACAAGUGGAAGAAAAAGGUCUGACUAUUUAUGCCCAAGUGCAGAAAUCAGGGCCUCCAGAGAAGAAAUUCAAUGAUUCCCUGACGGGUCAGAGUCCCUGCACGACCAUUUAUGUGGCUGCCACAGAGCCUGUCCCAGAGCCUGUUCAGGAAUCAAACCCCACCACAGUUUAUGCCAGUGUGACGUUACCAGAGAGCUGACCCCCAGACACCUAGGGAAAGGACUUUUUGAAGGAACAUAGAAAAAUCAAAAUCCACGCUGAAUUUGGUGCUCAGUCCCGAGUUCUCUGUGACAGACACCGCACAUCUGUCCCCUUCUUCAAUCAAUUCCCCGGUGAUGGAUUUGCACAGGCCCACCUGUGAAGUAAGCAAGGAAGUGAGGUUCCCCAAGCAGGCAGCCUGCUGUGCCGCUGACACAGACACGGAGCAGAGACCCCUUGGAAUAGCGUUCCACCUUCGCUGUAGCGGAUCGAAUAGACAGUGUGAGUUCAGAAUCUCACGCUAUGCUGUGCUGGUAAACAAAACCCAGAGACA